AUGGACAAUGUGCCGAGGCAGGUAUUCCGCUUCUUGCGAAACUCAACGCCGCCUAGCAUCUUCGGCAGUGGUCCUAACAACAAUAGCAGAAGCAAUAGCAUAGGCGACACCAGAAAGGCCGGCAGCGGCGGCGGACUUGAUGGCACGCCUAAAGUCAUUAACAUCGUACAACUUGGCGAGAUCGUAGCCCUUGUGGUCAAGCACUUGGCCAGGGAAGAGCGAGCUUCGGGGCGCACGGCGCAAUCAGACUGGACUGUCGGCUACUCUAUUGUCGACAUGGCGGAACAUGUGGCGAGCAUCCGAGCCGCCCCGGGGUCAGCUCAGCGACUCCUGGUGGAAGGGAUUCGAAGUCGAGAUCGGGUGGCCAGCUAG